AUGGCGUUGUUGUACUACAUGAGUUACGUGGCCUUCUUCUCAGCCUUCGCUUUUAUUACUCUUUCGUUGGCUAGCGGACUUCUCUAUUUAUCAGAGCUGAUAGAGGAGCACUCUCGGAUUGCAAAACUCGUUGGCGAGCGGGGAAUCUAUGCAGUAAUUGGGCUUCACGUUCUGCUGUACCUGGCUGACUCGCUACCUCUAACGCACGUCGCGUUCUCGGUGGCCUGUCACGUCGUCUACCUUCAAAACUUUUCUUCUACUUGGCCCGUGAUCUCACUUACAUCGAUCUCAUUCGUAUCGUCCUGCGUUUUGGUUAUAGCCGACCACUUCCUCUGGUUUUUCCACUUCUCUCGCCUGGCAAACUACAACAAGCACGCGAGGACUUACCGGGAAACAGGAGGUCAAUACUCGUACGGCUUUGGAGAAAUCGCAACAUUCUUCGCGCUGUGUGUUUGGCUUGCCCCUCUUUUCCUCUUCCUGAGCCUCAGUGCCAACGACAACGCGUUGCCCGUGUCUUCUGCCGACCCUGCAACUGCAUCACUGUCAAGUCAACAACCCGCCCCCUCACGCGUGUCUCUCUUCCGUUCAAUCGUAUAUGAUGCCAUCCCCCAUGCUCUGGUGAAGAAACGCAGUAAAAGCGAGGGACUGAUUGCGCCUCAUUCCCCAAGGGCCUCGCCCGCGAUCCCAAGCUCUCCUUCCUUCAAUACUUCUAGAUUCAACCCGUCUUCACCCUCUAUCCCCGCGAGCACCGAUGGCAACGCUCUUCUCACUCCAAGCUCCAGCUUCCAGCUGGGCACACCCCCUCGUCGGUCUCCUAUCAUGCGAAAACAGCCUAUCAACUAG